AUGUUCUUCUUCAUUUCCCUUUUCUUAUUGCUGAAACCUGUAUAUACAUCAUGGAAAGAAGUUUCACAAUGUUUCACAUACCUGUGUCCAAGUGUCCAGAGAGAUGGAGACUUGGUGCUUGGUGGGUUUUUCCCCAUCUACUAUGUGAACCAGGGUUCAGAUGUAUCCCGUCUGUCCUUUCUGUUCCCACCAAAAACUGAAGUGACAGCCAUGAGGUGGUUUUGGAAGAACUACCAGUAUGUUCUGGCUUUCUACUUUGCCAUCAAGGAGAUCAACAAGGACUCCCAGCUGCUCCCCAAUGUGACCUUGGGUUUUCACAUCUACAAUGCCCUUGCCAGUGACCACUUCACCUUGUGGAGCACUCUGCUUUGGCUAUGUGGAUCACCCAGACAAAUCCCUAACUAUCACUGCCAGACACACAGCAAAUUUAUUGCCAUCCUUGCAGGAACAGCGGCAGCAUUUUCAGCUGAGACUGGAACACUUUUGGAACUCUACAAAUUCCCUCAGGUCACGUAUGGACCUUUUGAUCCCAGCCUCAGUGACAAAGACCAGUAUCCAUCACUCUAUCAGAUGGCCCCCAAGGACAGCAUUCUGGUCCAUGCAAUUACCUCAUUAUUAAUGCAUUUUGGAUGGACAUGGGUGGCUGUUUUUGUAUCUGAUGAUUUGAAAGGGGAGCAGUUCCUGAGGGACCUGGAAGCAGAGAUGCUAAAGAAAGGUAUCUGUGUGGCCUUGACAGAAAAGCUCCCUGCCACUCAGAUAAUGUAUGCCUCGAGUGACAUCAUUUUCAUGAGCAGGAUCAGAGUUUCAUCUGCCAAUGUGCACAUCCUGUAUGGGGAAAUCAGGAGCCUCAUCACUGUGGACAUUUCAGCAGUAUACUUUUUAACAACAGGAAAGGUGUGGAUCAUGACUGCAAAGUGGGACAUCGUUGUGUAUGAGACGGACCACAUGCUGCACUCCUUUCAUGGAAGCUUCUCAUUUUCUCCUCACAAGGGGGAAGUCCCUGGUUUCAGACACUUCCUCCAAACAACCAACCCUUCCCAAUUCCCUGAAGACUUUUAUUUCAGUAAACUAUGGCUUAGCAUGUUUCAUUGCUCACUUCCUGGUUCACAAUGUGGAGCAAUUGAUGUUUGCCCACCAAAUACCUCCUUAGAGUUGUUGCCUGGAAACAUUGAUGUCAUGACCAUGUCAGACUCCAGCUAUUUUAUCUACAAUGCUGUGUAUGCAGUGGCCCACGUGCUGCAUAAAAUGCUUUUGGAGCAAACAGGUGUGGGUUCUCCAGAAAAUUCAGAGCAGCCUGGGCUUCUUCCCUGGCAGCUUCAUCCUUACCUGAAGAAAAUUGAAUUUAAAAACAGUGCUGGAUACUCCAUAUUCUUGGAUGGGAAAAGACAACAUGUGGCACAGUAUGACAUCCAGAACACACUGAAUUUUCCUGCUGGCCUUAGCUUGCUGGUUAAAGUAGGAGAGUUUGUCUCUAAGGGCCCUCUUGAUCAAGGCUUGGUCAUCAAGGAAGAGAUUAUAGAAUGGCCUCUUGGGUUCACAGAGAUUCCUCACUCGGUGUGUAGCAAGAGCUGUGCUCCAGGAUUCACAAAAGUUCCUCAGGAAGAAAGACCGGUCUGCUGCUUUACCUGUGUUUUUUGCCCAGAGAGACAUGUUUCUAAUCAGACAGAUGCAGAGCAAUGCUCACAGUGCCCAAAGCAUGAAUACCCAAAUAGAAACAGAGAUCGCUGUCUCCCCAAGACUGUGGACUGCCUCUCCUUUGAGGAUCCCUUAGGGAUGGCUCUGAACCUCAUAGCUCUGUGUUUCUCUGUACUCACAGCCUUGAUUUUGGGAAUCUUUGUGAAGCACCGAGACACUGCCAUAGUCAAGGCGAACAAUAGAACUCUCAGCUACACCCUGCUCAUCUCCCUCCUCCUGUGCUUCCUCUGUUCCUUGCUCUUCAUUGGCCGUCCCCACAGGAUCACCUGCAUCCUCCAACAAAUGACAUUUGGACUCGUGUUCACUGUGGCUGUUUCCUCUGUCUUGGCCAAGACCAUUACUGUGGUUCUGGCCUUUAAAGUCACUGCUCCAGGCAGAAGAAUGAGGAACUUGCUGAUAUCAGGAGCACCAAACUACAUCAUCCCCAUCUGCACCCUCAUCCAACUCACUCUCUGUGGCAUCUGGAUGGGCACAAAUCCACCCUACAUUGACACAGAUGUACACUCUGAGCAUGGCCACAUCAUCAUUGUGUGCAACAAGGGCUCCCUCACUGCCUUCUACUGUGUCCUGGGAUACCUGGGCUUCCUGGCCCUGCUCAGCUUCACAGUGGCUUUCCUGGCCAGGAACCUGCCUGACACCUUCAAUGAAGCCAAGUUCCUGACGUUUAGCAUGCUAGUGUUCUGCAGUGUGUGGGUCACCUUCCUCCCUGUGUACCACAGCAGCAAGGGGAAAGUCAUGGUGGCCAUGGAGGUCUUCUCCAUCUUGGCCUCCAGUGCAGGGCUGCUGGGCUGCAUCUUUGCCCCCAAGUGCUACAUUAUUCUCACAAGAUCAGCAAAUAACUCUUUGACUAGUUUGAAGAAGAGAAAAAAUGUUAAUGGAAAUGGACUUUCUAAACAUUCCAACUGA